ACGCUGACGGAUCAAUAUACUGCCAGUGCCUCCGAUUGCUUUGCGUGUGAAGCCGGUGCGUCAGCGCACCUCCUAGUGCUGUUAUUCAAGCUGGGUUUGUGCUUUAGGCGUAGCAGCGGAGCUUGCGAAAAAAUCAGAAUGGCUUUCCGGAACUUCGCACUAGUCGCCAUUCUCAUCGUUGCUAUCAUAGCUCCACACUUCACAGCACAACCACCAACAGCAGAUGAUAUAAUAAGCAAGGACCGAUAUCAGAGACAAUCUGCAAUUAAAGCGGGUUACUCCAUUGCAACGAAGCCAAAAUGGGGUUUCUUCGGGACUGUAUUUAAUCUUAUUAAAGAGCAAGUCAACGAUACCAAAAGUGCAUACAGUCAAAUUUCUGAUUUAGUCAACAAUCAAUUUUCCGAUGGUAAUACUGCGACGACAGAAACAAUUGCUGUAAAUGGAACUACACCAACACCUAAGAUAUCUAGAGCAGAUUUCCUGAAUAUUCUUGAUAGAAAUCUGAAAGGUUUAGCCCGUCUUCGCGCAUUAGAAUGGCGAGAAGCAAAAAAGGAUUCGGCGGCAAAUUUACGAGAGUACAAAGAUGAAAUAUUUACAGGAAAACGAUUAAAAAACAGUAGAUAAGCCGGAAACUUACUUAUUCACCAAUCAAAUUAAUAAUUAGUGCUCAUUUUCAUCUCUGAAGAGAGACGGGGCUAGAAAACAACAUUAAACCGUAACGUGAUUUCAAUGAGGUUUAAAUGUUAGCUAUUUUUAUUUUGUGUAACGAAUUGCCUUAUCAGAAAUCGUUUUUUUUACCACCCUUAGGAUUUAAGUACCUAUCAAUAUAAUUGUUAUUAGAUUUGUUGACAAUCUGUAUGUUCCUGUAUAUACUUAUGCGAUAUGUAUUUAAUUCAAAUAAAACAUUCUGUUUAGUUUUGUGAUUUAUUAAAGUUCAUAUUAUCACAAUAUUACUCAAUUCU